GUUUUGUUCUUCAUUACUAGUUCAACUCAACCACUGGUUGUGUACUGUUGGGAUUUGGAAGACAAGGACAAAAAUCGUGAUUUGAAAUGUCCCUUCGCGUAAUGUUGUCGCUUUAAAGGUCCCUUUUGUUUCUGCCUUUUGUUAUUUGUCUCUCAUCAAAAUGGAUGCUGCGUCUUUAAACCUAAUGUCUAUUGCGGAAAAUGGUUCGGACAAACAAGGAAGCUGUCUUUUGCUACGAUAUGCAAGCCAAAAUUCACUGGAUGAAAGCUCUCAAAAACACCUCCCUAGAUCUGGUGCCAAGGAAAAACCCCCUUACCAUAAUCAUCAUCAUACUAACAGAGCAUUUGAAGUUAUGAAUGUCAUGCGCAAGCAAAACUUAUUAUGUGAUGUAACACUUAUAUCAGAUAAUAAUUCAGAAGUUUCAGCUCAUAAAAUGGUACUUGCAGCCUGUAGCCCAUAUUUUUAUGCCAUGUUCACAAGUUUUGAAGAAAGUAAAUCAGAUCGUGUGACAUUGCAAGGUGUAGAUUCAACUGCAUUGCAGCUUCUUGUUGAUUAUGUAUAUACCUCAGAGGUGCAUGUUACAGAGGAAAAUGUACAGGUUUUACUGCCAGCAGCGAAUCUGCUACAACUCACUGAUGUGAGAGAUGCUUGUUGCGACUUCUUGCAAGGUCAAUUGCACCCUACCAAUUGCCUCGGAAUAAGAGCCUUUGCAGACCUCCAUGGAUGUCUUGAGCUCUUGUCACAUGCAGAUUCCUACAUAGAACAACAUUUUUCGGAAGUUGUAGAAUGUGAAGAAUUUCUCACCUUGUCUCCUCAACAAGUUUCAAAACUUAUUUGUAGUGAUCGUUUGACAGUUCCAUCAGAAGAAAAGGUUUUUGAGUGUGUAGUUGGUUGGGUUCAUCAUGAUCUCGAAUUAAGACAGACCCAGCUCCCUCUCUUGAUGGAACAUGUACGCUUACCACUGCUCUCUCAAGAGUACUUAAUGCAGCGUGUAGAAGAAGAACCACUUUUAAAAGCAAAUCUUCAGUGUAAGGACUUUCUUAUUGAAGCAUUUAAAUAUCACUUAUUGAAAGGAGAACAAAAAUUGUCUUUCAAAACUCCAAGAACUAAACCAAGACAGCCAGUAGGCUUACCAAAAGUUCUCCUCGUUGUAGGUGGACAAGCUCCAAAAGCUAUUCGAAGUGUAGAGUGCUUUGAUUUCAAGGAGGAGAGAUGGUACCAAGUUGCUGAAAUGCCUACCAGGCGCUGCAGAGCUGGAUUGUCCAUUAUUGGUGGUAGAGUCUAUGCAGUUGGAGGUUUCAAUGGGUCCAUGAGAGUGAGAACUGUCGAUGUUUAUGAUCCAUCAACAGAUCAGUGGACCUCAUGUGCAAGUAUGGAAGCUCGACGCUCAACACUUGGUGUUGCCGUUUUGAAUAGCUGUAUAUAUGCUGUUGGAGGAUUUGAUGGGUCAACAGGACUUAAUUCUGCAGAGAUGUAUGAUCCCCGAACACAUGAGUGGCGAUUGAUUGCACCAAUGUCUACAAGAAGAAGUAGUGUUGGAGUUGGGGUGGUCAACAGUCUAUUGUAUGCAGUCGGUGGCUAUGAUGGAGCAUCUCGUCAGUGUCUUUCUACUGUAGAAUGCUAUCACCCUGAUUUGGAUAGCUGGUCAUGUGUACCAGAAAUGUCAGUUAGGCGCUCUGGUGCAGGUGUUGGAGUUUUAGAUUGUAUUUUAUACGCUGUUGGUGGUCAUGAUGGACCUCUAGUGCGUAAAAGUGUUGAAGCGUAUAAUCCAGAGACAGAAACAUGGACCCAGGUUGCUGAUAUGUCAUUUUGCAGAAGAAAUGCUGGUGUUGUUGCCUUAAAUGGGCUGCUGUAUGUUGUGGGUGGAGAUGAUGGCUCAGCAAACUUGGCUUCAGUGGAGGUAUACAAUCCAAAAACUGACUCAUGGUCCAUGCUUCCCUCUUCCAUGGGCAUUGGAAGAAGCUAUGCAGGUGUUGCAAUAAUUGACAAACCUACGUAAUGUGAUGAGAAAAGCAUCAAAGUUGUCAAAGUUGUAUGUCAUGGUACAACCACUGAACCGUCCAUCAUCAGUUACCCAUUCCCCAUUGCUCCACCUGCCAUUUAAUUUCUAAAGUAUCACAGGAAACACAUCUUUUGGGCUUUUUUCUGCAUCAAGUUUUUCUUUUCAAUUUUAAUGCCAUGGUUGUGCUGGUAUUUAAGUUUCAUCUAUGUACACAGAUAUGAUCUCUUCACUGUACUUACAAUCAAAACGUGCAUCUAGCAUCUGUUAUGCAAAAUCAAUAUCAUGUGGAAUGUAAUUCUUACUUAUGUGAGUUGAAUUACAUCUGUAGUAUUUAUUUUAUAAUCUUAAAUUUCUGUUUUGACUUAAGAUUUAAAAAAAAUUGUUUUCUUAUUAAACACUAAAUGUAUCUACUGUAUUAUACUAUACCUUUUUUUUUUUUUUUUUAGGUGUUUUAACAUUCUUGCAGGACUUUCAAAAGUCUGUAACCGAUAUAGAGAUUUUAAAAUUUUGAUUUCCAGUGACCAAUCAAAUUAGGGGAAAUUCCUGAGCGUAGAAUAUAAUUUAUUUUUAUGUAAGAAUUUUAAUGUUUCAAUUUUCAUUGCACUGACACAAAUUCAUUCAUAGGCAGCAGAUCAAAUAUUUACAUACAAAAGCUGGUUUCUAGCAUUAAGAUAAUCUUUCAACACAUCAAUAACUUUGACUAUCUCGUACUCACCAUUGUAGCUGCUUUUUUUUUCUAAAUAUUACUUUUAAUUAGCUCUCUACCCUUUCAUUGGGUUGUUAAAGAUGUGAUGCACUUGCAUUUCUUCUAAAUGUUCUGAUGGCAUACUGUUACAAUUGUGAUAUUUUGAGAUUUAAGAUUUAGUUUCUUGAGCUGUUGAGUGUUCUCUUUCUUGAGAUUUGACCUGCAUGCAAAGUUGUAGCUUUGCCAAUAUAAAUGUGAUAUCUAAUUUUGUGAUUGUUCAAAUUCGUAUGUACUAUCAUUUUUUAUCCUUUGAAAACCAAGACAGUAGUACUACCCUCUCUUUCCUAAUACUGGCUUGCAAAAUGGUGUUAGUUCUCCACAGCAAAACAAAAAUUAAUUGUCUACUCUUACUGUUUUCACACCUUCAAAUUUGAAGAGUCAAAGACCAGUUUGUGGAUCAUGAGAUGUCUAUUGCUACCCUUAAGUAACUUCAUUAGUGAAACAAGUGUUACAUUUUUCUACCUUUUUGUGCCUGUCUUCGCACUAUAUAGACAAUGGUGUGCGGCUAAUUUGUACUUUCUAAAAUAUACAACUUAAGUUAUUUUGGAGAGAGAAUUACUUGAAACAAUCUGUUAGUAUAUGAUAAACAUCUUGUAGAAAUGACAGACUAAUAUACCCACUCUUGCCUGAACCUUUCCAAAUGUUUUGAAUCUAAAUAAUUGUUCACUUACGAAUACCUACUUUUGUCUUGGCUCUGUAGUGUUAGCCAAAAAUUCCAAAUAUAGUACAUGAUGAUAAAUGUAUAUAAUAUUAUUAUCAUUCAAGAAAAAUUGUUCUAUCCAUUGUAAUAAAUUUUUAAUUGUGCCAAACAA